AUGAGCGGAUGGGCCGAUACGUCGACCUCGGCGGCGAUUCAGUCCGAAAUCUGCCGCUUCGAAUCCGUCCACCCAAAUAUCUAUGCAGUCUAUGAGCUUUUGCAGUGCGUCAGCGACCCUACUCUUCAAAAUCAAAUUCGCGAACAUGUCAUAAAUAUUGAAGACUCGUUUGUUAACUCGCAAGAAUGGACCAUUUCCAGGGCUGUGCUCGAAAUACGAGUGGCAGUUAUUGGAGGACUAAGAAGCGGGAAAAGUGCUUUGGUCCAUCGCUAUCUCACUGGAAGCUACGUUAAUGACGAGUCCCCAGAAGGAGGACGAUUCAAGAAAGAAGUGAACAUCGAAGGCGAAAGCCAUCUCUUAUUAAUUCGGGAUGAAGCUGGCCUGCCGGAUCACUCACUUUGCUCUUGGGCAGAUGGUGUUUUGCUAAUUUUCUCGCUUGCUGACGAAGAAAGCUUCAGACUCGUUUCAGAUUACUCGCGACGCUUUGCGCAUCAACGGCCGAAUUUACCUUUGCUUAUAAUUGGAACGCAAGACUCGUUAGGAACUCGUUGCCCGCGCGUGAUCGACGAUGUGCGCGCGCGUAAACUCGCCCAAGACCUCAACGGCGACUACAUCGAAACCUGCGCUACUUAUGGAAUGAACGUCGAGCGCGUUUUCUCGGAAGUGGCUCUGAAAGUCCUCAGGCAAAGAAGCCAUCUACCUAGCGCUGGGGCAGCUCAGGUUGAGCUCCCAUUGUCAAGGUCGAAGAUGAGUACAACGCCACUUCGAGGGCAACUUGGGCGUAUUUCUUUGCAACCGAAUAAUGAUGGAGAAUCUUCAGAUGGCUCGAGCACGACUCCAAGUCAUACAAACUCACGACGACCGGUGCGUCGGAAAUCCGGGAAGUCCAGUCUAUUUUCCAGGCGAUCCGGUGCGCUGGAUGAAGUCAGUCUCAAGAGACGAGUGGGUGCUUUAGCCCGUGUCCCGAUCGUGAAGGAAGGCUGGGUUCUCAAGCGCAACAAGCAAGGUGCACCUCUCAAUUCCUCCAAGAAGAAGUAUCUGACACUGACAGAAGACGGACAUUUAGCAUACUAUGCAAGUAAAUCAGACUUUAGCGAAGACAAGGAUCGCAAAGUCGUUGAUGUUAUUCGAACAACAGUAAAAGUCCCUGGCAGAUCCGGGCAGCCCAGCUCAAAGGGAGAAAACUCGUUUGAUUUCACUGUUGUGUCUUCGUCUGGUGACCAGUGGAAUUUUUCUUGUGACGCGAUUGAAGAUAGAGAUGCCUGGGUCGAGGCUAUUGAAAAUAUGUUCAGACAAAGCCUCGUUGGUACUUCUGACGUUCGAUCUGUCGAUUCUACACGCUCGCUGAGCUCGAAUGGCUCCCAGCCGAAUUUCGACAAGCCAGGGAACAAGUUCUGCGCUGACUGUGGCAUGCCCAGUCCAACAUGGGCAUCCUUGAAUUUGGGAAUUUUAAUUUGCAUCGAAUGCUCGGGAAUCCAUCGAAACCUUGGAGCGCAUAUUUCAAGAGUGCGCUCCGUUGAGCUAGACGAAUGGAGCUCAGAGCAUAAGGCGAUGCUUCAAGCUAUUGGAAAUGAUGCGUUCAAUAAGGUAUAUGAACAACAGCUACGUGGAACGACCAAGCCAGACCCAAAUUCCGAUCGAUCCGUAAAAGAAGAUUUCAUCUUCCAAAAAUACAAGCACAAAGCUUUUAUAAGUUCAUCGACUUUAGAAGUCUCUUCAUCGAAUAUUUGCGACGCUGUAUACAAAUGUGACGUUCCCUUACUUCUCCGACUUCUAGCCUUCGCCUCGCCACAGGAACUGAACUCCGGUGGCACGGCGAGGAAUGAGACCCCUCUGCAUAUCGCUGCUUUUCAUGGCAACAUUGUUUGUCUCCAGCUUCUUUUGUGGGCGAAAGCCUCCGCCAAAAUCGUGGAUUCUUCAAAUCAGACUCCUAUCGACGUUGCACUCAUCAGGGGUCAUCAAGUUGCAGUUCGACUUCUUCAUUUUUAUGAUGCCAUCACUGACCAGUGCCAAGAAGACGUCUAA